AUGGGGGUUCUGGCGGUGCUGUUGGGGGUCCUGGGCUUCCUGGGAGUGGCUCUGGGGGGCUCCCCUGCCCUCCCCUGGCACAGCACCUCCUGCCACUUGGCCAAGCCCAUCCCUGGCAACCCCCUGGGGUCCCUGAGCUUCCUGGGCAAGGAUGCUCAGGGACUGGCCCUGUUCCAUGCCCACUGGGAUGCACACAGGAGGCUGCAGGCGUGUAGCCGGCAGGAUGAACCGGAGCUCACCACAGCCUUCAGUGCCCUCUGUGCUCAUGAGAGCACCCAGGGCUCCUUCAUCCACUCCCCUGGACCUGAGCUGCAGAGAGUACUGGCCACCCUUCAGAGCCAGUGGAAGUCCUGCCAAGGGCCGGAGGAGGGGCCAGCAGGGGCCAGGGAGAAACGAGCAGCAGGGCAGAGUGGAGCACCCAGCAGAGGCCACCCACGAGUGAAGAGAGGCUGGACCGUGCCUGGCAUGCUGUGGUGUGGAGUUGGCAACUCAGCUGGGAACUCCUCGGAGUUGGGGGUCUUCCAGGGCCCUGAUCUCUGCUGCCGGGAACACGACAGCUGCCCGCAGAACAUCUCGCCCUUGCAGUACAACUAUGGCAUCCGAAACUACCGAUUCCACACCAUCUCCCACUGCGACUGUGAUACCAGGUUCCAGCAAUGCCUGAGGAACCAGCGCGACUCCAUCUCGGACAUCGUGGGCGUGGCCUUCUUCAACGUGCUGCAGAUCCCCUGCUUUGUGCUGGAGCAGCAGGAAACGUGUGUGGCGUGGUACUGGUGGGGCGGGUGUAGGACGUAUGGCUCAGUGCCCCUGGCUCGCCUCCAGCCCAGGACCCGCUACAAUGCCUCCUGGAGCACCCUGGUCACCUCCCCGACUCCGACUCCUGGUCCCCAGAGCCCAGCCCCGACCAAGGCUCAACGGAAGCAGCGCCCUCGGAAGUGGCCGCCACAGCGGAAAGGGCCCAAGCACCCCAGCAAAGCCAAUGCCACAGCCCUCCAGGUCCCCAUGGCCUCCCCCAGGCCUGAUGUGGCUCCCACAGCCCAGCUGGGGGUCUCCCAUCCAGGCCUUCAGGGCCCACGGAUUGGCCUAAAACCUCAGGGUGCCUGCCGGGCCUGCCGCAGCUUCCGCCGCCUAGACCAGUGUGAGCACCGGAUUGGGCCCCAGGAAACCAAGUUCCAGCUGUUCAACAGCGCCCCUGAGCCCCUCUUCCACUGCAACUGCACACGCCGUCUCGCACGCUUCCUGAGGCUCCACAGUCCACCUGCGGCCACCAACAUGCUUUGGGAGCAGCUGGGCACGACCUGCUUCAAGCUGGCCCCUCCGCUGGACUGUGCUGAGGGGCAAGACUGUUCCAGAGACCGCAGGGCCACCAAGGUGUCAGCCCUGCAUUUGCGGAGGCUUCAGCAGAGGCGACGACUCCAGCUCCGGGAUAAAGGCACAGAUGAGGGGCAGGUGUGGCCUUCGGAGCACCCGGGGAAGCCUGUGUCAUUCUACGACCGGUGCCUGCAGCUAAUCCAGGCAUCCCAGAGAUCUGAUGGGUGGCAGACAUCCUGA